ACUUCGUGUUAUGGUGUGGGCUUGAGAACCAGCAAUGAUAGAUACUUUAGUUUAUCGAGUUCGAGUUGUUGUUUUCUUGUUGUAUCUCCUGACUCUGGACUGGACUGGCACUGGAUGUCUUGGUCUCUGUGCUCUGCCUAUAUUAAAUGCACACUAUUCGAAUCCGAUCGGACAAAAGUUCUAUCUAAACGCGAUAUUUUGUAUUUUACGCGAACCUUAACGCAAGUUUAGUUACUCGUGAGCGGUCCGAUUGCGCGUUUGCGCCAUGGGUUAUUCUACUUUUCUAUCGACUUUGGAUUUUGUAUGAUCGCUGUUUUUUAUCGUUUUUCUCCGUUCAAACGCAAUCUAUCGACCUGUUUUUUUCAAUCUUUUGUGGUGGGUGUUAAAAAUACCAAAAAUAAAAAUACAAAAAGAAUAUAGUCGAAUUUACCAAUUUUCACAUUUUUCUUAAUCGAACACUAAUUAAUAUUUAAUUAAUCAAUUAAUUUACGAAGUGUAUUUCGACGAUCGAUUGUUUUAUUGUUUUUGUGUAAAACCAGUGUGAAUGAGUAUAAAAAUAAAUUUCACCUUGAUGAAAAUAAAAAUCUAUUGUAAUUAUUCAAAUGUGUAAAACGCAAACGAUCGUUAAUUUGAAAUUACAACAACAACAUCAAAAAUCUAAAAUAAAUUCGAGAAAAAAUUAAAUAUUUAACGAAAAAUAUAAUUUAACAAAGAAUUAAUAAUAUUACAAAAAGAGCUAUAGAAAAGUCUUUGUUUUUCCAUUUGUCUAAUAAAAAUCUGUCCCACACUUCAAAGAUAGUGUUUUUGUUUUUUGUUUUAAAGUAUCUAUUGAUGAUUAAUACUCUUGUGUGUUAAGUGACACCAACCUACUGGAUGCAAAGCAAAAUAAUAAUAAUAAAGGAAAAAAUAUACAAGAUACAUAUAUUAUAAAUUUUAUAAUCCAGCCCACCUGUUGGUUCUUACAUUCUGCACAUAAGAACUGGAAAAGACAAUGUGCACAGCGCUACAUAUUAACAUAAAAUAUAUUAACAGAGAUUAUCUCAGGAACUGACGCAGCCAUUUAUUAAAUAUCACGAAGCAUCAUUCAAAGAAAACAUUUAUGAAAUCAUCGAUUGGAUCUUUUUGAUAUUAAAUCCAACUAAUCAUUGCCUCAUGUCACACACACGAAUUCUAAAAACAUUAUAAGAUAUACCUGAACUGCACCUAUCUACGAGUAUACAUAAAUAAGAAAGAAAAAGAAGAUUUAACAAAAAUGACGCUGCCCAGAAUGGACUCACGAAUCGGACUAGACUAUAUUGUCGAGAAUCGUGAAUAUGUUUCCAAACUAGGCGCAGCCCUAGACACAAAUAAUUCCACAGUAAAGAAGCAAGUUUUCGAACUACUGUCAGCCCUAUGUGCUUACAAUUCAGAAGGCUAUUCUCGAGCGAUAGAAACAUUAGAAUUUUAUAAGAAUCUCAAAAACGAACGAUAUCGGUUCAAAAUAGUGAUCAACGAACUAGAAAAAGCGACAAAUGUUGAAUACCAAGUGGCACUGCUGGCUUUUAUCAAUUGCGUGAUUAUUUCAGCGGCUAACUUACAAGAUCGAAUCAGAAUACGAAAUGAGUUUAUUGGUCUGAAAGUGCUGCCACUCCUUAACAAUUUAAGAAAAGUCGCUCAGAGUGUGGGCGAUAUCCCUGUACAAUUGGACGUAUUUGACGAGCAACGAGAAUGCGACGAGGCUCAAAGUCUACAGGAUCCGAAUGGAAUAAAUUUAAACUCCCAUCUUGAUGUUUUCUCUGCCAUUUUAGGACAGGUAGCUGACACACCCCAAGAGAUGCCAUUUCUCAGCAUACUGCAGCAUUUGCUUCGAAUAGAGCCCAAAGAAUCGAUAAGUGAUAUUAUUUGGGAAACAACCGAAAAAUUAGUGCAUCGAGCAACCCUUCUCGAAAACUAUGAAGACUCUGUGCGGCUUAUGCGUUCACCGAGUGUACAAAAAAUCACAUGCCCACAUUGUCGUGGCGAAGCAACAAGUCCAAGUAGAAAGCAAUCUUCAGCACCACUUACGCCGAAUAGUUUUCAGGAGACUCCAUCAUCAACGGCACUAUCUCUCUCAAAUACAUCAUCACAGUCCCCGAGCAGUCGUAGUGAUGGUGUGGCACCUCCUCCACCACUACCGCCACCACUUCCGCCGAAAAUGCCCCCACUUGGCGGUGCAGUCCCAGUUCCCCCAACGCCGCCACCUCCACCCGGGCGCAUUCCCAUACCAGGAGCACCUGCCCCACCGCCACCUGAUCCAAAUAUUCUGUCGAAUAACUCUACAAAUGGCCAAUCAAAGUCUGUGAUGUUGCCGCAACAGAAAACGCCUGCCCCAAAGACAAAAAUGAAAACAUUAAAUUGGAACAUAAUUCCACUUACGAAACUUUUGGGUAAAAUAAAUAUUUGGACCGCUCCGGUUCGUAACAACAAAGAACUCGAUUGGUCGACACUGGAAGAAAACUUUUGCCAACAAUUAACCAGUGCCCAGGGUUCACCGAAUUUGGGCAGGGAUUCGGGCACAGAUACAUUGGAUCGAAAGUCAAAAAAAGAAAACACUGAGAUAACGCUGCUAGAUGGAAGAAGAAGUCUCAAAGUCAAUAUAUUCCUAAGGCAAUUUAGAAAAACAAAUGAGAGCAUAAUUGAGCUUAUCAAAAAUGGUGAACACAUGGACAUUGGAGCUGAAAAGCUACGUGGUCUUCUAAAGAUUCUCCCAGAGUUAGAUGAAUUUGAAAUUCUUAAAUCAUUUAAUGGUGAUAAAAAUCGACUAGGAAAUGCAGAGAAAUUCCUUUUGCAACUGCUCGAAGUACCAAACUAUAAACUUCGGAUAGAAAGUAUGCUCAUCAAAGAGGAAUUCAAGGAAAAUUUCGUUUAUUUAGAAGACUACAUAAACUCAAUGAUCGCUGCUGGAAAAGCUUUAAUGAACAACGAAAUGCUGCAAGAAGUUCUCUAUUUGAUUGUUUUAGCUGGUAAUUUUCUUAAUUCAGGGGGAUAUGCUGGUAAUGCAGCUGGAGUGAAAUUGUCAUCGUUGCAAAAGAUCACAGACAUUCGGGCAAAUAAACCUGGUGUAAAUCUCAUGCAUUUCGUUGCUAUGGAAACGGAAAAACGAAAUCCGAAGCUUUUGAGCUUCCCCGAUACGCUAACGAAGCUAGAGAACACAGUCCACACAACUUUAGAGCAAAUUACCUCAGAGAUUAAAACAUUGGACACUCGAGUACAGAAAAUCAAACGACAAAUUGAGUUGCCAACAACAAAUGUUGAUAUCAAAGAACAAAUGACAGAGUUCUUAGAGGCCGCUGAAAAUGAUGUUUCUAAAUUGCAAAGUGGCAUGAAGCAAGUUGAAGCUGUUAGAUUAAAACUAGCCGAAUAUUUCUGUGAAGAUCCUACAUCAUUCAAAUUGGAAGAGUGCUACAAGAUUUUCCAAAAUCUCGCCGAAUCUUUCAAACAUGCUGUGCAAGAAAACGCUAAACGAAGACGGCAAGAGGAACAAGCUACAUUGCGAAGAAAGCAGAGAGAAGAACAAGCUGCAAGGAAAGUUAUGGCAAAUCUUUGUGGAACACCUAAUUCUGAUCCAGAUAAACCCCUACUGAUCGAUACGCUCUUUGAUCCACUUCGAUCAAGUCCAGCACUUACCCGACGAAGAAUGGGAUCAUUUAACACCGGUAUUGAUUGUAACGCAUUCCGGGACGAUGGAAUCUCUCCUGAUAUAACACCAAAUGGCAGUCUACGUAGACGAAAGAGCCGAGUUUUCGAUGAAAAUGAUGAAUUAAUGACAUUCUUAAUAAAGGGUUCUGGACAAGAUAAUGGUAGUCGAGAAAGAAAAGCCUCCGCUUACGGAAGUUUGGAUCGUUCAUGGGCGAGGAGUGCGAGAUCUGGAAGUGCAAGUAGAAAACGUCCGGAACUUUUGAACAUAGAUUACGGCACCGACCGCGAAAGAGCCAAUUCACCAUCACCAAUGACCGAGGUAAAACCACCCCUUGUUGCUACAAGUGUUGAAAGAAAGCCAAGAAUAUCACGCGAAAGUAUACAAAAUGUUGAAACAUGGUUACAAUCAAAUGUAAAUGAUGAAAAACUAAAUGAUGAAUAUAACAAACGGAAACGGCAACUUACCAAUAAUGGCCGACGAUCGCUUGAAAACGAUCCAGAAAGCGAGAGAAACAAGUUGGAUCCGUUGCCAGAGGAGAAGAUCUCAGUUAAUACUCCCACUGGGGAAGCAUAUAAGAGGGAUUGGAAGCCGUCCAGAACGAUAGAGAAAACUGAUAUUGCCGGAACAAUUCAGGCUAUAGAUGAUAUAAACAACACUCGCGACAAGUCAACAUGGCGAAAAUCAAAUCUUAACGUUUCGAACAGCUCCGAAGAGGUUGAAAUCAGAGACAAUGCAACUCGUAUAAAUAGCGAAAAAGAAGAUCGCAAGUCUUUGAUACAAAUUCUAGGAGAUCUCCCAGCAACAGAUCACCUCCGCAUUUAUGCGCGCCGUCAAUCUCAAGUGAACGAAAGCGAAAGCAAAUGUAAAGUAGCUACACCAAAUUGCAGUGAUUCCAAGCAACUGCCACCAUUGAUCCUGGAUAUUAAAAAUGACCCGUCCAUUUACAAAAGCCAAUCAAGUAUUGAAAGUCCAGCGAUCAAUAGAUUCAGCACUAUUCGUGACCGGCACGAUGACAAAUAUAGCCGCAAGGAAAUUGAUUCAGACAACAUCGAAACACCACCAGUGGUGAGACGAAGUACACAAAGUUCGUCUUUGCGGAGGCCUCAUUAUGCUCCAACUGUUGUUACGGUCAAUUCGACAACAGAAUGCGAUGGAAGUGAUAUUAAUGCCAGUGUAGACCAAUUAGCUGAUAAUGAACCCAUUGGUCAUUUUGAUAGAUUCUCAGCUGCAAGGAGGACUUGUCGUUACAAAAGGCCUACGGAUUACAGUAGCGGAACGGAAGACUUAAGUCCGCCAAUUGCUGAUAAAACCAAGAACCAAAGCAAUUCGAAUGAAACAGAAACCAAGAAGAACGAAGAUUCACAGACGAAAAAACCUGUGAUUUGUGAAAGAACUAUUGCCAAGUUAGAGAGGGUUGGUCGCCACAUAAGUUCGAUAAAUCAAGAGGAUGUGCGUGAAGCUAUUCGAAACCUUAAGUCACCAAUUGGCGAGCCCGAACGAAUCUGGAGUCCCCCCAGGGAAAUCAUAGCUACUGAAAAACCUGCCCCCACAACCAUCAUCAAGGUUUCUUCCAACAGUCAUGAAUUGAACGACGAAGGAUUCGAAGAAACCCAAAGUCUAGUCUCCGAUACACCAUCACACGGGAAAGAUAGCACUUCAUCGUGUAACGACGUCAAUGAAGCUGUCACAAAGCAGUCAACCCGGUCUAAAGACCGCACCAAUAAAAAUUCAGUCACAAUUGCUAACAAAACAAACACAAACAGCCAUAACCCUAGUCGUGAACCUGCCGUCUCAAAGACAAGAAUCAAUCCCCAAAAACACCAGUUUCAAAAUAUUUUAGAAAGAAAUAAACGAAGCAUGGACAGAGCUCGUGUGUUAAGGGCAAACCCCACAAACACUCUCACCCUGCCAUCAAAUACCGCUUCGGCUGCAACCGCGGCAGUACGUCGCGCUAAUUCCCUGAGAAAAAGUGAUACAUCUUCAAAUAAUUCAUCCCCAAAGAAAGACGUAGAACGAAGUAGCUCAAGAGCUAGCUUGCGUAGUUCGCGAUCUUCUUUGAAUAGUGGCACUUCAACUAAUACCGUUAGACGUAUACCAGUUAAACCACUUCUAACGAACUCUGUUGAAUCAUCGCCGAGUAAAAGGCCACUUGCAAUCCCCAGUUCAUCCCGUAAUUCAAAAAUAUCGGCCAGUCGCAGUAGUUCAAGUGGAUCAAGUAUUGGUGCAACUAUUCGAAAGCCUUCUUCAACUAGAGCGAGUUCAUCGAACUUGGGAAGUAGUGUUCACAGGGAUAAUCAGUCAGCCUCGACCACACCGUCGUCGGGAAAAAGUUCUUCGGGCCGCAAUGCAGUGCUAGUUAAAGCGUCAGUAACAAAUAUAAGCAGUAGUACACCAUCAUUGAUCAAUAGGCAAAGAAGUCCCACUAGGCCAGCAAAUAGUGGUACAGCUCGUCUGAGUGGAUUUAUGCGACCUACAACAUCAAGUGCAACAAAACGCCUACAGGGUGACAAUAGGGGCAGCAGUAAUUCAAGGUCUUAAAAAGAUUACUUUGACAUGAGGGUUAAUUUUUUGUUUUUUUUUUUUAAUGAAACUUAGAGAGAAGCCUGUUAAUUAAAAGGGAGUAAGUUAAGCUAAAAAUGCCGCUUUAUAGCAAUUGUUUAGUUUCGAAUGCACUUUUUAUAUGAAACGAGUCAUCUUUUUUGCAGGCUGUGAUGUUUCAACAUUUUCUUUCAAAAACCGUUCAACUGAGAACGCCCUUAAUGUCUAAUAUAUUUUAAAGAAGUUUAGUACUUCUGCCACUGGACGAUAUUUUUUUUGUUUUCAACAAUAAUGCCUGUAUUUAAAUCUACAUACAUAGUUUAACAAGACUACUAACAAACAAAGUAUGUUGACUUGAUACUUCGUGACCCAACUAAUUUCAAUGAAUUGAUUCAGUGAAGCCUGAAAAAAAGCUACGCAUUACGAAUUUUCUUAGCUUAACUACAACCCAUUUAAUUGCUUAUUAAGUUUCAUAAUGAAAAAUGAUUAAAGAAAGCUUCUUGAAAAACCGAGGCCUAGAAUACAAAAAUAUGUAUAAAAUCUUAACAAAUACUAUUUUUUAUACAUUCUUUAAAAAAACAAGAAAAAAAUAAUAAAAAACAUAACAAAAGUAAAUUUAAGAGAGGCAUAUUGAGAGGUGAAUUUAAACUGAAAGAAAAAAACAAAAAAUAUAGUAUUAUUGAAUAGCACAAAGGAAUCAAAACUCAUUUUGUCAUCAAUCUUAAAAAUAAUGUCACAAAACUUUCCGUCUCAAACCAAAUUUAACUAAAAACAAAAUCAACAAAACAAAUUACUGUCCGUAUUAAAUAUAAACCGUCCACAAAUCGAAUUUCUCGCACAUAAGUUAAGCAGGACAAUACAAUUUUUAAAAUGUGUGCUCUUUCCUUUGCUGUUUAGCUGUAUAUUAAGCAAAGCAUACACAAUUGUUAUUUUGUUGUAUCCUGCCUGUUAAAUGUUAUAAAUUUAAACAACUAAAAAAAAAAACUUUUUAAAAGUUAUAACAAGUUAAAUAAAUGUAUAAUUGUAUGAUUAAUUGCAAGAAACACACACAAAAUACCAAAUAACAUUCACAAAAAUUAAAUUGUAGAAUAAUUUAUAUUAUAAAGUAAAAUAAUAAAAAUUAAAAAAAAAAAACACACAA